AUGGGUAUCAAUGGGCUGCGAUGGAAAUGGGAGUGGAAAAGAUCGUCGAGAAACGAUGUCGAGGAGGCGAAGUGGCAACAGUUUGUAAGUAUGGUUGCGAUUCCAGUUUUAUCAGAUGGCAUAGACGAAUGGACCUGGACAAAAGACUCUUCAGGCGUGUAUAGGGUCAAAAGCAUAAAGGAGAUUCUCCAUAAUGCACGAUACACUUUGCCCCAAUAUGUUUUCAUAUGGAACGGUUGGGUCCCGAAAAAGGUUGGGUUUUUAGCAUGGCGAGCGGAGCUUGAUAGGUUGCCGACGAGAUGCGCUUUGGUCCGCAGAAACAUUAAUGUUGAGUCGCAUCUUUGUCCGUUGUGUGGUGAUGAACCGGAGUCCACUGAACAUCUUUUUCUUUCGUGCGGAUUUGUGCAGUCCGUGUGGGCGGUUAUUGCACAAUGGUGUAAGCUGCCAAACGCCUUUGUUUUCAGCAUAAGAGACAUUCUGGACAUGGACGUGCACACUCCGGGGUCCGCUAAGCUCAAGAAAGCCUUGUAUGCGGUAUGCUUGACUUCUUUAUGGUGUGUGUGGAAAGUAAGAAACGAAACAGUUUUUAACCAGGCAAGUCCAUCGGUUCAGAAGACGGUCUCAGAUAUUAAAAGUCUAAGUUUCGUAUGGGUCAAAUCUAGAUCUAAGGAAGUGUCUUUAGACUGGGAAAUAUGGAAUGGAUUCAAUCUGCACAAGAUGGGAUGA